AUGACGGUGCACUCCGUGGCGACGAGGAAACUAGGUACAGCUCAGGAAUCAGCCUUCAGCAAGGUGGUGUUAGGGGCGUGCGUGCUCAUCGAGAUAAGCCGGGCGCAGUCGCCACUGCACCCGCCCCUCCCUCGCGCCCAGCUGUUGCGCCCUUCUCGCGGCCCGUGGCUCGAGUUCACGUGUGGCUGCGUGCACACUGCAUCACGUGACCUCCACUGCCGCGCCUUCACGCAGUGGCGUGCCACUCAGCCGCAGCCGGAGGGAAGGUCCGACGGCGGCAGUCAGCACCUCAUGCGCCGCCAGACGACCAGACACCCGCGCACUCAGAGCACACUCCCGCCACACGGCGCGCGUCCCGCCGACCCGGGGGAUACAGCGCGGCUAAUCACCCGUAGUAGCGCGGGGGACGCCCUGCGCCGAGUCAACCCCCGGCCCGGCGCGCGCCUGAGGGCUGACAACCCGCCAAGCAGGCCUGCCACGUGGGUAGCCGUCCCUCGUGCCUCGCUGCAGGCAGUGUCAGGGCGCCUGAGGGCCGACAACCUGCCAAGCAGGCCUGCCUCGCGGGUAGCCGUCCCUCGUGCCUCGCUGCAGGCAGUGACAGGGCGCCUGAGGGCCGACAACCCGCCAAGCAGGCCUGCCGCGUGGGUAGCCGUGCCUCGUGCCUCGCUGCAGGCAGUGUCAGGGCGCCUGAGGGCCGACAACCCGCCAAGCAGGCCUGCCGCGCGGGUAGCCGUGCCUCGUGCCUCGCUGCAGGCAGUGACAGGGCGCCUGAGGGCCGACAACCCGCCAAGCAGGCCUGCCGCGCGGGUAGCCGUGCCUCGUGCCUCGCUGCAGGCAGUGUCAGGGCGCCUGAGGGCCGACAACCCGCCAAGCAGGCCUGCCGCGUGGGUAGCCGUGCCUCGUGCCUCGCUGCAGGCAGUGUCAGGGCGCCUGAGGGCCGACAACCCGCCAAGCAGGCCUGCCGCGCGGGUAGCCGUGCCUCGUGCCUCGCUGCAGGCAGUGACAGGGCGCCUGAGGGCCGACAACCCGCCAAGCAGGCCUGCCGCGCGGGUAGCCGUGCCUCGUGCCUCGCUGCAGGCAGUGUCAGGGCGCCUGAGGGCCGACAACCCGCUAAGCAGGCCUGCCGCGCGGGUAGCCGUGCCUCGUGCCUCGCUGCAGGCAGUGUCAGGGCGCCUGAGGGCCGACAACCCGCCAAGCAGGCCUGCCGCGCGGGUAGCCGUGCCUCGUGCCUCGCUGCAGGCAGUGACAGGGCGCCUGAGGGCCGACAACCCGCCAAGCAGGCCUGCCGCGCGGGUAGCCGUGCCUCGUGCCUCGCUGCAGGCAGUGUCAGGGCGCCUGAGGGCCGACAACCCGCCAAGCAGGCCUGCCGCGCGGGUAGCCGUGCCUCGUGCCUCGCUGCAGGCAGUGUCAGGGCGCCUGAGGGCCGACAACCCGCCAAGCAGGCCUGCCGCGCGGGUAGCCGUGCCUCGUGCCUCGCUGCAGGCAGUGACAGGGCGCCUGAGGGCCGACAACCCGCCAAGCAGGCCUGACGCGUGGGUAGCCGUGCCUCGUGCCUCGCUGCAGGCAGUGUCAGGGCGCCUGAGGGCCGACAACCCGCCAAGCAGGCCUGCCGCGCGGGUAGCCGUGCCUCGUGCCUCGCUGCAGGCAGUGACAGGGCGCCUGAGGGCCGACAACCCGCCAAGCAUGCCUGCCGCGCGGGUAGCCGUGCCUCGUGCCUCGCUGCAGGCAGUGUCAGGGCGCCUGAGGGCCGACAACCCGCCAAGCAGGCCUGCCGCGCGGGUAGCCGUGCCUCGUGCCUCGCUGCAGGCAGUGUCAGGGCGCCUGAGGGCCGACAACCCGCCAAGCAGGCCUGCCGCGCGGGUAGCCGUGCCUCGUGCCUCGCUGCAGGCAGUGACAGGGCGCCUGAGGGCCGACAACCCGCCAAGCAGGCCUGCCGCGUGGGUAGCCGUGCCUCGUGCCUCGCUGCAGGCAGUGUCAGGGCGCCUGAGGGCCGACAACCCGCCAAGCAGGCCUGCCGCGCGGGUAGCCGUGCCUCGUGCCUCGCUGCAGGCAGUGACAGGGCGCCUGAGGGCCGACAACCCGCCAAGCAGGCCUGCCGCGCGGGUAGCCGUGCCUCGUGCCUCGCUGCAGGCAGUGUCAGGGCGCCUGAGGGCCGACAACCCGCCAAGCAGGCCUGCCACGCGGGUUGCCGCAGGCAGUGUCCUGGACUUACAGCAGCACACAGCACCAGACUGCAGGAAGCUGCCGGCCACCGCCCGAGAGAGGACAUGCUCCGUCAUGGGUGACUACAAGGACCCUGAGCCACCUCCGUCCAGGACGAGUGCAGCAGCAGGAGCGAGUACCCGGAGUGCAGCUGCGACGAGUAGCGACUCGUGCGAGUGGCAUGAACAAGACAACAGUGCAUGCGACGAGUGGACCAGCCAGCCAGCUGCACUCGCUCUACGCGGCUCCACUGUAGCGAAGCCGGAACAGAAGUGCGACGAGUGGACCAGCCAGCCAGCUGCACACGCUCUACGCGGCUCCACUGUAGCGAAGCCGGAACAGAAGGCGAGUGCCUGUGCCAGUAGUGCGACGAGUGGACCAGCCAGCCAGCUGCACACGCUCUACGCGGCUCCACUGUAG